AUGAAGCGGAUCAUCCUGUGGGGAGCUAACAGAGGAAGAACCUCGUUCCGCCCAUUCGUAAAUUUGGGCUACUCACACAACAUGUGCAAGAAGGACAUGCACACAGGUCGGUACCUUUGCCUAAACAACGACAAGCGGACUCUGAACAAGUUCGCAAAUUUAAAAAAUAUCCAUCUGAAGAAAAACACCUGCACAGGCAAGGUGGAAAUAUUCAUCGACGAUUUAAUAUUAUUAACGAAUGGGAAAAAUGUACUUUCCUUCGAAAGUUUUGAUCUGUGCUUUUUGAUAAAGUAUGAGUUGCUGCGGAAUAGGGAAAAGAUGGAUUUGCAGAAAAUGCCGUUAACCUUGACGGCUAACAAUUUCGUCGAUUUUCUGGAGGGGGUGAUACCUCCAGGGGGAGACGACACACACAUCAAGAGCAAAGAUAAGCAGAUCUAUUUCCAAGAGCAGAGAAUGAUCAUGGAAAAUAAAAUCUUUGAAAAUUUUCAAAACGAUUUAAUUCUUUAUCAAAAUGGACAGCCUAACAUGAUGGACAGAGUGAAGAAGCUGGGAGGGUCCCAAACGAUUGAUUUGCCGAAAAGUCUGAAUUAUGUAGAAAAUUACGAAAUAAAUAACUUAAUGGAGGAAGAAAAUAAUGUGUAUACUAAGUUCAUUUCAAUUUUUGAAAACAUUCAUGGAGUUAAGUUAAGAAGAGCAAAUCACUUUGAAACUCCUGUGCAGGAUUUGUGUGUGCAGGAGAAAAUAAAAAAUUUGUUAAAAAAUAUGAACAGUUCAGAUAUUUUUUUAUUUUACAAAUGCACACAGAUUUUGAAUUCCUUCGUUUUUAGCUACCUCUUUUUGCAUGGGUAUAUAGGUUAUAAGGAUGUGUAUAGGUGCUGCAAUUUGGAGUACAUUUAUCAGUUCUUUAAAUGGGGCUACGUGUACGAUGUACACGGUACCAAGGACGCGGGUGCGUUGCUCGCACUUUCGUCAUUGAGCUUGGUCAGGGUGCUCCUCCAUCAGGAAGUGGAGAAUAACGCGAAGCGGUGA